AUGGAAGUCUGGCUCCUAGUAGUUGCGUUGACGUUGACGUUGCUGUUGUUUGACGAUGUUGAGGGGCAUGGUCGGCUAUUGGAGCCAGUGUCUAGAUCUAGCAUGUGGAGAAAAGGCUUCAAAACACCGAAAAAUUACAACGACAAUCAGUUGUUUUGUGGUGGAUUUUAUAAUCAGCAAUACCUGAACAGGGGACAAUGUGGUGUGUGCGGAGACCCCGCUCAAGGUCCUCGCCAGAACGAGGCUGGUGGCAUUUACGCGACUGGCCAGAUAGUAAGAACGUACACUUCCGGUCAGGUCAUCGACAUUCAGAUUCAAAUUACAGCCAAUCAUCUUGGCUGGUUUGAAUUCCGACUGUGCUCGAACAACAACCCGAAGAAGGCCGUAACGCACGAGUGCCUGAACAAACACCUCCUGCCAUUGGCUAACGGCGCUGGAACACGCUACGUGAUUGGUUCAGAUACCGGCAUGUACAACCUGAAAGUAAAACUGCCUCCGGGUUUGACCUGUACACAGUGCGUCCUGCAGUGGAAAUGGCACACAGGAAAUAGUUUCGGAGUUGACCUACUUACGCACAGAGGUUGUGUCGGGUGCGGACCGCAAGAAGAGUUUUACGGAUGCAGUGAUAUCGCCAUAUCGGGUCACGGUUCGCAAGGUCAUCCGCAGCCAGUCGCGACCUCGUUUCCAUGGCAACCAAAACCGACAGACACACCGCCGAUAUACCACCAAUCACAGCGGCCAACAGUCCACCAAUCGACGCAGAGGCUGCCGUUGUAUACACCGCGGCCCCUGUUUGGUCAACCGACGCCGCGACCUGUUCGGCCCACACCCCACGGCUCAUUCGUCUACCAACCAACACAACGGCCCAUCUAUGUUCCGGCAAAAACACAGGGGCCUGUCGUCAGCCCAUCAAAUUGCAGAGCUGUUAAUUUAUGGGCUGGUAUUCCUCAACUGGACAAGUGGUGUGUUGAUAACUGCGUUGUUAGAAGAUGUCCGCCAAUAUACUGUCGUUGCUCCUAAAAAACAGUUGGUGCUUUUUGAAUGGAGGAAAUUUCUGUUUUGUUGAUUAUAAAAACAGGAUUAUUAUUGUUGGCGGGGGUCUUCCUGUUUUUGUUUUUUUUUCUUUGGUUUUUUUUUCGGUUUUUUUCUUCUGAUUGGUUUUUUUUCGUUGGGGUUGUUUUUUUUCGUUUUUUGGGGGAGGGGGGGUGUUUUUUUUAAAUACAUGUAUAUUUGAAAUCAUUACUUUGCAAUUACUUUGAUUAAUAAAAAUAAUAUAAUAUUGUACAUAAUGUGAUGGGAAUCAUAUUUGUUUGUGGUUAUUACAAAUGUUAUUGUAUUGGGCAUUUUAUAUUGGUAAUUUGUCUUACUGAACGUUAUUGUUUUAACCAAAAAAGUUAUUCAAAAUAAAAUAUGAACUUUUAAUGUUAUUAUCAGUAAAUAUGUUUCAAAUUUAAUUAUA